AUGGCCGAUGGAGGGGUUGGAAAUGGCUCUUCGCAAGCUGAGGGCGAUGGUCCCGGCUCGCGGCCUAUUCCAGCGGCUCUGCCUCGUAGGGGAGAUGAGGGUAUGUGGUUUAGUGUGAAGGGCACGUUCCUGCAUGUGGAGUGUUCUAGGGAGGCGAACGAGUUGUUAGAUGACGAUCACCCUGCGGCCUCUCGAGAAGGCAGUAUUGAAGCCUCGGUGUUGAGCGCCUCUGAGGAGGGUUCGGUGACUGGAGCUGUAGAUAGUAGUGAUUCUAGAGAAGCAAUGGUGGCAGCGGCGGCGGGCAGGAGACGAUUCCGGAGGCGACGGAGCAUCAGCGAUGCAGAUCUCACGUACACAGCGUACUUGGCAGAGCUGGCCAUGGAGCGGAAAGAGGGCGUCUCGGUAGAGUGUGGUAUGUUGGAUGAGUUUAGAGGAGACUUUACAUUGUCAUCGGGAGAUAGCUCAGUUGAAGUCAGUGUCCGCGGCGCCCCAACGUCAACAGGUAGGGAUGGGCAAGACAGGCUAGGACUGAAUCCAGAUGCUCCGGAAUUCGUACCGCAGUAUCUGAGUGGAUCGUGGCUCUCCAUGAGCGCCCCACCUCCCGGCAUCGGCCAUCAGAGGACAGGCCUUUUCCAGUACAUGUCUAUUGAUGAGAGCAGCGAAGAAGGUGUUCGGCAACCGUUGACAGGGGGAAGCGAAGCGGUGGGUAUUCGGGAGAUCAGCUCGUUGGACUUCCUACCUCCGCAGGCCUGUAUGUGCCUCCUCAGAGUCGGCAAGGCCCCAAUCCCCUCCUGUGCAGUUCGCUGGAUUACCUUUUUCUUCUGGGAAGGGCACGGUUAUACUACUCACGUCUUAGGAGUGUACAUGACGGCAUUAUCCGUCAUCAUUACAACAGCUGAGUUCUUACCAUUCGCUGUGGACACCUUGAUACCGUGGAUGCCGUUCCUUAAGCACUACGGUUCACGUGCGGUGGUUUACCUAUUGGCAGCUUUCUUAUGCAUGGGAGAGGAGAUGGGCUUUACAAGUCGAUGCGCUGGGGUCCUGAUGUUCAUGGGCUCGGCGGCUUCGUUCGCCUUCCAUCGGUUCUACCCUGGUGCGAUGGAGCACGCUCUUCGGCCGGGAAGAGCGGUAGCGUUAGAUGGGAGCACAGAUGAUGGUGUGGCUAUGGGCCUCAUAGGCGAGAACCCAUGCGCGUGA